GCAGUGUUGAUUGUGUUGCCGUGUGGACGCUUUUUGGUGCGUUGGUCGUGGGCUGAAAUGCAAAUUACCAGCGAAAAAAGCUGUAAAAGCUUGCAAUAGCCACUGUGAUAUUAAAUAAAAAAAUUAUUUUAAAAUUUUAAAUGAUUAUGUUGCAUCGGCCCAGGCCAACUUCCAAAGGCAAAAACAGCAGCCUGCACUAGAAAUGUGCUUUUAAACGUGUGUUGUGAUUAUAAAUAUAUUAAAUUAAAUAUACCUGGUGACAAUAAUAAGUGUCUAGAUAUGUGCCUCAUUUUCUAGCACUUUCAGAUAUUUUUUAAUUACCAGGCUUUAUUAUCACAUAACUACACAAAAAAAAAGCAGUGAAGAAGCACAUUCCACAAAUUAUUAAACAUACAAAUUAAUAUGCACUUUUUUUUAUUUAUUUAUAGGUGCUACACAUUUGCGGAUUAACACAGUGCUUAAUUUAAAUCAUUUCAUAUAUAGCUAAUCUAUUUUUUUUUCUAUUUUCUAGAUGGCUCAGGUUAUGAGUUAUUGUAAAACGGUUUUGGUUAAAAAAAAAAAAAACUCACCCAUCACAAAAAACCAUCAACACACAUCAGCCACACCAUCAACAUCCAUCAUCAAACAAAAAUCAAUGUGUUCAUUUGCCGAGCUUUUCAAUUUUAUUUGUUUAUGCCAAAGAUGUGUUUACCGAAUUAAUAAAAUUUUUUACAAUGUGUACUUUUAUUUGUUUAAUUUUAAAAAAAUGCGAAAUUAUGCGUUUUGCUUUACUUAUUUAUUUACUUGUAGUGUAUUUUGCCUAUUUAUUGCAUGCCAUUCAUCUAACAACAUUUUUUGCCCUAAUCCCAGCAGUCCCAGUGUUAAAACUUGCUUUUUCAUUUGACGCAGCUCAAUCCAAACGAUUGACAUAGACCAAAGCGAAGGAACUUCGAACGGAGUGACUUGAACGAAAAAACCCAGAAACUAAAUUAACCAAUCGCAACCAUGUUUCCAAUUGCAGAUUUGAGCAGGAAGGAGAACACCGCACCCGAUGUGGCGUCCACCGCCGAGAUUCAGCGCAGUUUCCAGCGCAGCAUUCUCAAUGGCAAGCAGCGGGAUGAGCAGAAGAUCCAGUUGCCCGGAUCUCGGCGCAAGCGCUUGUCCGUCACCGAGGUCUCCGACAUGCUGUUCGAGUUCUACAAGACCAAAUCGGCCAAGGUGCCCAAGGCGGAGCAGCCGCACCGUCAGGUCUCGCCGACAUCCGGUGAGAUCCUAGAUCCCUCGACCAUUUCGGCCAUUGCCGUUUAUGGUACGGCCUCCGAGACGGCCUCAAAAAACUUGAAUGCUGAUGAAGUGAUGCGAGUUCAGAACGCCACAGCUACGCGUGUGGUGGGUGCUGCCGCUGGCGCCGCCGCCUCAUUUCAUCCAAGGCCCAAAUACACCCUGAAGACAGCGGCAUCGUCCACGGAGCAUACCACGGCCAUACCCACUUCGGUGCUGGUGGCCAAUAGUGCGGCGGCUCUGACUCCGAAACCGCAGGCAGCCGUAAUUGCCGAGGCCCUGAUGCGAAAUGGACUGCACAACUUCCAGCAGCAGUUGCGUGCCCAGGAGAUACUGCGCCAACAGACACCCCAUCGUCGCAUCAAGGAGGAAAACGAUGUCGAAAUCGCUGGGGGCGACAUAACACCCACUAAAAUUCUGGAGAACCUCUUGCGAAAGCAGCAAGAGCGCGACCUCCGCCACUCUGAGUGUGAGAACGAACCGGGCUAUUCGACCGAGGACGACGAAGAGGGUCGCUAUCAUGCCUUCGAUGACAUACACCUGAUGGAGCAAAGCGGUGGCAAGUUCGGCAACAACUCCGGCAUGGGCAUGUUCAAUGCCAAUGCCCAUGGAGGAUCGGCCAGCUCGAUUCUAGAUGCCCAUCAGGCCUUCCGCAACCUGGAGUUUACACUCAGCGAUUAUGGCGGCAGCAGCAGCAAUGGCAGCACCACCAGUCCCAAUGGCAUCGGCCUGGAUGGCGAACCCGUAUACGAGUGCCGUCACUGCGGCAAGAAGUAUCGCUGGAAGUCCACACUCCGGCGCCACGAGAAUGUCGAGUGUGGCGGCAAGGAGCCAUCGCAUCAGUGUCCCUACUGCCCCUACAAGUCGAAACAGCGCGGCAAUCUCGGUGUCCAUGUGAGGAAGCACCACACCGAUCUGCCCCAGCUGCCCAGCAAGAGGAGAUCGAAGUACUCGAUGAAUCGCGAAAACGGGAUGAGCGGCUCCAUGUCCGAUGACUCGCAGGGCAAGCUGAUCAUCGACUUCAAUGGGAAGGGAGAGCUUGAAACCAAAUAAAUUUGUACGGGGACCGAGUGAUGCUUCCAUUUGAUAUACAAUAUAUUUUACGUCUGGUGUCUUGUUUUGUCCAUUGGAUUUGUGGAAAUUUAUUUCUUGUCAUUCAUGUGUCAUCCCAAAUAUUUAAUGUUUACUUGUAGUAAUUUAUGUAAUGUAAGCAAAUGCAAGCCAAUCUAAUCAAGCAUAUAAUCAAAUUAGUCUUAAAGCCUUUUUUCUAACGAUGCAUUUAUGCGUUAAAGCAUCAGUUAAUAUCUCUUAAAUUGUAUAAAAUGAUCAUUCACCAAAUGUCAAUUUUAUACUUACGAUUAAGUGUGCAAAAUAUUAUCAAACAACACUCAAAUAUUUUCUAAGGUCUCUACUAUUUAAGAUAUCACGAUGUUGUCCAGAAAAAAAGUAUUUAGAAAGGGUUCGCCUCGCCGUGUGCGUAUUUCCAAAAAGUUCCCAGCAUCUUGCCCAGAAACCCUCUGCCAUCCAACGAUCUCUUGACUUGGCUUGAUUAAGCUACUAAGACCAAAACUUUUGGUAACUACUCGAUAAGCUCAAUCGAUGCCAUUUACAAUGAUAUACAUUAUGACUGAAUUAGUUAAGAGAAUUGCAUUGAACUGACAACUGAACAAACCAUUAAUUAACCAAUUGAAAACCAACUAUUCCUCGCCCUGAAGACAUUCGUUUCAUAUAUUUAUGGACUUUAAGACUGAGUUUAUUGUAUCUUAAAAAUUAUUAACCCAUGACCAAAAAAAAAACAAAAAAAUUGGAACAUUGUACGAUUCCCAAACCAAAAACCAAACACUUAUUAUGCCUAAAUGUUUUAACUGAUAUUAAUGUUUGUAUCUUACCAUUAAGCUUGUGUGCCGUCACAUUGAAUCGCCCGAUAUUUUAUGAUUGUAUACUUAAUAAGAUUAUAAUUCCUAACUGCAUAUCACGUGGUCUUCACCGAUCGACGAAGACACGAUUACGAACUGUGGGCAGUGUGACUGCUAAAAUAAGACAUGAUUUUAUAAUGAACUUUUCAUAUACAAUGUUUACAUUUUAAAUAAAACGCAGAU